AUGGAGGAAGAUGAACUACAGGGCCUUCUGUCUGUGAGAGACACUGAGAUUAUUAACCUGAAGGAACAACUGAAAGCUGCAUCCAAAGCCAGCAGCAAUGUCACAGACCCUACUAAACACAGAGAGACAGCCAAUUAGGUGAGGGAGCAGUCUCCAUCAUAACAAAUAAAAUAAAAAAGUUGAUUGGUUUCGUGCCCUGGAUACAGGGUGUAAACGGUACAGUGAAAUGCUUACUUGCAAACUCUCCUCAGCAGUGCAGUACACAUUAUCAAAAAAUAUAACUUUUUAUUCAAUCCCCCAUCCAUAUGUUGUAUGUUGGUCUUGUUAAUACAAUGGAUGUUGUCCAUGAUAUCUCUCACGGACUAAAGCAGAGGAGUGCCCUCCAAAAGGACUCUCCAUGACAACCGUCAACUAGGACAUGGAGUAAAGACUGUGAAGAGGACCAGUCAGGUAAUGUCUCUAGACAUCCGGGUGUCCUCCCACAAUGUUCCAGUCUUCCGGCGUUACAGUGAGGGGGGGAAAAAAGUAUUUGAUCCCCUGCUGAUUUUGUACGGUUGCCCACUGACAAAGAAAUGAUCAGUCUAUAAUUUUUAAUGGUAGGUUUAUUUGAACAGUGAGAGACAGAAUAACAACAACAAAAUCCAGAAAAACGCAUGUCAAAAAUGUUAUAAAUUGAUUUGCAUUUUAAUGAGGGAAAUAAGUAUUUGACCCCCCUCUCAAUCAGAAAGAUUUCUGGCUCCCAGGUGUCUUUUAUACAGGUAACGAGCUGAGAUUAGGAGCACACUCUUAAAGGGAGUGCUCCUAAUCUCAGUUUGUUACCUGUAUAAAAGACACCUGUCCACAGAAGCAAUCAAUCAAUCAGAUUCCAAACUCUCCACCAUGGCCAAGACCAAAGAGCUCUCCAAGGAUGUCAGGGACAAGAUUGUAGACCUACACAAGGCUGGAAUUGGCUACAAGACCAUUGCCAAGCAGCUUGGUGAGAAGGUGACAACAGUUGGUGCGAUUAUUCGCAAAUGGAAGAAACACAAAAGAACUGUCAAUCUCCCUCAGCCUGGGGCUCCAUGCAAGAUCUCACCUCGUGGAGUUGCAAUGAUCAUGAGAACGGUGAGGGAUCCGCCCAGAACUACACGGGAGGAUCUUGUCAAUGAUCUCAAGGCAGCUGGGACCAUAGUCACCAAGAAAACAAUUGGUAACACACUACGCCGUGAAGGACUGAAAUCCUGCAGCGCCCGCAAGGUCCCCCUGCUCAAGAAAGCACAUAUACAGGGCCGUCUGAAGUUUGCCAAUGAACAUCUGAAUGAUACAGAGGAGAACUGGGUGAAAGUGUUGUGGUCAGAUGAGACCAAAAUCGAGCUCUUUGGCAUCAACUCAACUCGCCGUGUUUGGAGGAGGAGGAAUGCUGCCUAUGACCCCAAGAACACCAUCCCCACCAUCAAACAUGGAGGUGGAAACAUUAUGCUUUGGGGGUGUUUUUCUGCUAAGGGGACAGGACAACUUCACUGCAUCAAAGGGACGAUGGACGGGGCCAUGUACUGUCAAAUCUUGGGUGAGAACCUCCUUCCCUCAGCCAGGGCAUUGAAAAUGGGUCGUGGAUGGGUAUUCCAGCAUGACAAUGACCCAAAACACACGGCCAAGGCAACAAAGGAGUGGCUCAAGAAGAGGCGCAUUAAGGUCCUGGAGUGGCCUAGCCAGUCUCCAGACCUUAAUCCCAUAGAAAAUCUGUGGAGGGAGCUGACGGUUCGAGUUGCCAAACGUCAGCCUCGAAACCUUAAUGACUUGGAGAAGAUCUGCAAAGAGGAGUGGGACAAAAUCCCUCCUGAGAUGUGUGCAAACCUGGUGGCCAUCUACAAGAAACGUCUGACCUCUGUGAUUGCCAACAAGGGUUUUGCCACCAAGUACUAAGUCAUGUUUUGCAGAGGGGUCAAAUACUUAUUUCCCUCAUUAAAAUGCAAAUCAAUUUAUAACAUUUUUGACAUGCUAUAAUUUUUUGACAUUUUUUUGUUGUUAUUCUGUCUCUCACUGUUCAAAUAAACCUACCAUUAAAAUUAUAGACUGAUCAUGUCUUUGUCAGUGGGCAAACGUACAAAAUCGGCAGCGGAUCAAAUACUUUUUUCCCUCACUGUACAUGCCUAAUCUCUCUAGACAUCCGGGUGUCCUCCCACAAUGUUCCAGUCUCCCGGCGUUACAUAACAGAACGUCAGUUUGGCAUAGACUCCGUACAUCCUUUCCUACGUCUGUUGCCCACAUCCCCCAGACACAAAAUAGUAGCUAUCAAGAUGAUCACUGAGAUUAUCUUCGCUAAAAUCUUGGCCUGCAAACCUUGGUUUCGAGUUGCGACGUUCUGGCAUGUCUGCCUCGUGAUUUGUUGGGAGUCACUGCUGUUGCCUAGGGUCGGCUUAGAUAGUGGGGAGAGAGCCUCAUUCUGGUCCACGCUUAUUUUUGCAGUGAGUAAAAAUAAAUGUACAUUUUUUUUGGCAGACUAUCUUAAUUAUUUUGUCAGGUAAAAAUGUAUUUGAACUCUCAUUUCACGAUCUGACAUAAUGGUAGGCAAUGUUUUUGCCUUUAAAUUAGAGAUUGACAAUUUUGUCAUGGUUUUAGGUCAAUUUUAAGCACUACUGAACAAAGAGCCGUUUGGGAGGUGAGCCAAAUGAACGGCUCUUUUAGGUGAAUGGAGCAAAAUUAUCAGACUCACUGAAAAGACUCGGAAUGCCCAUCACUAGCUCCAUAGCUACGGUAGUCAUGGGAGAGCGCAGUGAUUUUUAAGAACUAUUUUCACGUGGGUGAAGAGAAAAUCUUGUUUUUUAAAGAUGAGUUCAACGAUUUGCAGCCCAGAUGGCUCCUGGCAACGCGUUAGAAUGAUGCCAUCUGUCAGAAGACCGCGCUGCAUGGUUCCAACUGAUUAGCCUCCCAAGUGGCGCAGUGGUCUAAGGCGCUGCAUCGCAGUGCUAGCUGUGCCACUAGAGAUCCUGGUUCGAAUCCAGGCUCUGUCGUAGCCGGCCGCGACCGGGAGACCCAUGGGGCGGCGCAUAAUUGGCCCUGCGUCGUCCAGGGUAGGGGAGGGAAUGGCCGGCAGGGAUGUAGCUCAGUUGGUAGAGCAUGGCGUUUGCAAUGCCAGGGUUGUGGGUUCAAUUCCCACGGGGGGCCAGUAUGAAAAGUAAAAUAAUGUAUGCACUCACUAACUGUAAGUGGCUCUGGAUAAGAGCAUCUGCUAAAUGACGUAAAUGUAAAUGUAAAAUUAGGCACUCUCUGUAGGUUAACCCACACUCACCCUCACUGUCAAUACUGUGUACCCCUGUCUCGUAGGGGUCUGGGGACUACCCAUCGGUGCUAGACUCCUCAGAUCUCAACGGAGGGAGGCAGGACCAGACGCUUCCCCAAGCCUGAGCUUGAGAUCUCCUUCAGCCCGCUGCAGCCCGACAGGAUGGCCCUGAAACGCCAGGCAGAGAGGGCGUGGUCAACGUCAAAAUCACACGCAAGAGGAAGAGCGCUGAGAUUGACAAGGUGUGGGAGGGACGUACUGGAGGCUCAGUCCCAGGGUCCUUCUCUCAACCGAGAUGCAGACCGUGUCCAUCUUACCAUGCAGGUGGUGGUCUCUCUCCUGUCAGUCAUCCAAGUCUAUUUUUGGAGAGAGCAUUAGUACUGCUACAGUUCUGUUAUCCCAUUAAAGUCAGCAGUCAUCCACCUAACUAAUUGCAAUGGCGUAAGAAACCAAGCAAGAAGCAAAAAUGUUUUCAUUGCCUCAGAUAAGCCGUAAUGAAGUGUUAAUUAGGUUCAACUUAAGAACAAGUUGUUGAACAUAUAUUAAUUUACUGCCCCGUCUUACAUUAUGCGUUGAAAUGAAAAGCUUGUGCUUCCUUUAAUGGAAGUAAAUAAGAGUUUCCCCGUUACAUUAUUGGUGGGAUCUAUUGUGUAAAUAUAAUGAGUUGAUAAUAAUGAGUCUGGGUCUCUGCUGCAGUGACGUAGGAGGUGGGUCUCUGCUGCAGUGACGUAGGAGGUGGGUCUCUGCUGCAGUGACGUAGGAGGUGGGUCUCUGCUGCAGUGACUUAGGCGGUGGGUCUCUGCUGCAGUGACGUAGGAGGUGGGUCUCUGCUGCAGUGACUUAGGCGGUGGGUCUCUGCUGCAGUGACGUAGGAGGUGGGUCUCUGCUGCAGUGACUUAGGAGGUGGGUCUCUGCUGCAGUGACGUAGGAGGUGGGUCUCUGCUGCAGUGACGUAGGAGGUGGGUCUCUGCUGCAGUGACUUAGGAGGUGGGUCUCUGCUGCAGUGACGUAGGAGGUGGGUCUCUGCUGCAGUGACGUAGGAGGUGGGUCUCUGCUGCAGUGACGUAGGAGGUGGGUCUCUGCUGCAGUGACGUAGGAGGUGGGUCUCUGCUGCAGUGACGUAGGAGGUGGGUCUCUGCUGCAGUGACGUAGGAGGUGGGUCUCUGCUGCAGUGACGUAGGAGGUGGGUCUCUGCUGCAGUGACUUAGGAGGUGGGUCUCUGCUGCAGUGACGUAGGAGGUGGGUCUCUGCUGCAGUGACUUAGGAGUGAGUGAAGGCUAUUGUGCUGUAUUGCCUCCAUAUAGAAGGAGUAUUUAUGGGGUUAAACCUCUGCAGUUAAAGACUAAAGGAAUUUCAUUAAUGACUUCCCUGCUGACUGUCCCAGUUGUAGGAAAGAGAGAGAGGGGAGGAGAGACGACGGGAGAGAGGGGGGAGUAGAGACGAUGGGAGAGAGGGGGGAGGAGAGAGAGAGAGACGAGGGGGAGAAUCUCUGUUGUAUUUACUUGAUUGUUCGCGUCCCUCUCAAAACGCAUUGGUUGAGAAGGGGAGGAACCUCAGAUCUUCUGGUCCAAUGAGAAGGAGACAAGGAAACAAGGAAAUACUGUUGAGAUUCACCUGAGGACUUGGGAAAAGUGUGUGUGUAUGUGUGAGAGAUGGCGCUGACGGCAGAGGCACAGCCUCAGCAGAGAGUGGUUUGGUCCACUGUCUUUAAACAUGGCCUGUGCUUAACAACAUGGUAACUAACUAAAGCCCACACAGCACAGCAGGUGACUCCAUAGGUGCACUGAUGUUCCUAGUCCUAUUUUUAGUGUUACUUAGCAACACUGUUAUAUGAGUUCAUGGGAGCUCUGAUGUUCCUAGUCCUAUUUUUAGUGUUACUUAGCAACACUGUUAUAUGAGUUCAUGGGAGCUCUGAUGUUCCUAGUCCUAUUUUUAGUGUUACUUAGCAACACUGUUAUAUGAGUUCAUGGGAGCUCUGAUAUUCCUAGUCCUAUUUUUAGUGUUACUUAGCAACACUGUUAAAUGAGUUCAUGGGAGCGCUGAUGUUCCUAGUCCUAUUUUUAGUGUUACUCAGCCACUCUGUUUUUUGGGACACAAAAACAUCCCAUUCCCCUGUGUCUGUGUCUCUGACUCCCCAUUGCUGGGAAUAAAAUACCAAACGUUUUGUUCAACACGAGAUGUGAAGAAAGAUAUGUUGAGAGACGACAACAAAGGAAAAUCCAGUUAAAUUAAAUAUAUAUUUCACAAUGUUCUCUAUUUAGUAAUACACUUUUUAUUUACUUAAUUAUGAGGGUGUUAUCAGCUUUCGCUCUGCCUUCAUCGAUCCAGGCGGAAAAAAAAAACAGCCACUAAAUCUUUUAGACGGUUAAUUAUUUUUCACAAACACAUAAAGAGGGCAAUGGUUUUAGUAUUAAAGAUAAAUGCACCAGAAGUUGACUUCAGCGCGGGCUUAAGCCAGUCUAAACAUUUUAAAUGUGCUCUUGGAAGUAUUUUUUUUAAAAACAUGACACGUCCUUGUAGCGUUUUAGUCCUGAUGUAAUUCAGGUGUCAAUAUAAUAUCAUGGCAAUGUCAGAUUUUAUAGGUGUCUGUGGUUGGUUAGUUACUUUGUACAUGGUUGACGCAUAUAGCCCUCGGUGUAGACAACUCAGGUUAUUCUUGCUAACUUUUCCUUUACUUGUUAGUUCAGAGGUUUUUCCGUUGUUUCCCACCGCUUAUAACAAACCUCUUUCUUUUUGACGAAGAAAAUGUGGGACAGUAAUAGCUAAACGGAGAGAAUCACAUGACCUCCCAUCUCAGGUACUCCUCCCCUCUUCAUGCAUGUUUGUGAUCAUGCAUGUUACCCCAUCAAUCGCCAUCCCCGCUCUAUUUUCUAUUACUUUGGUCUGGUCGGUAAUACCUCGGUUGGCGUAAUGGCAAAGCUAUGGAAGUCCUCUGACAAUAUGGAAUGGUUGUGAUUUUAAAUGACGGGAGUGUUUCAGCGCUGGGUAUUUCCUACUGUUCAGUGGUUAUUUCUAUAAAUAAUAAUAUAUAUACCCAUUGAUUAUUGAAGACUAUAACUUAUAAAAUACAGAAACAAACUCCAGAACUUGAAACAUGCUUGAUACAGCAUCUUAUGUAAAAGCAAAGUGCAGAGUUGGACAGAUGUUACCGAUAAGUUAUUGAAGAUGCUUUUAUUUUGGAGUACACAUUUAGCUUGAGGGUUUAUUUUGCCAUGAGCUGAACAUUUCAGACUAGAUUUGUGUAAGGGAUGGCCUACGCUAGAGCUGUGAAACAUACAUUGUUAAUCCACAUCAAUAAUUGGAAACCUACUGAUGUAUUCAACCUGCAAUUGCAUGGGACUCUUGAAACGUUUGGCAUUUUAUUUAUUCAAUUGAUCUCUCAAUCUAUACAUUCAUAAAACUAAAUCCAUAGCUCCUAUCUGAUCCCCGGCAUUUCAUAAUUGUAUUUCUUCAACUGAUAUUUUGAAAUCUUAUACAUUCAUAAAACUAAAUCCACACCGUGGGGUUUUAAUUUCUCUCCCUCGUCUCAUAUCUCUCUCCUCUGUGCUCGUCUUUCUCAGGAUGACGUGCACAGUGAGACCCGUAGAAACCCCAGAACCGGACCGACUCCUAAACUGGCUGUGCAGCAAGAUGAGGUGAGACACAGCUUUUUUAUGUUUGAGCAGAUGUUAGUUUGAACAGAUACAAACGUGUUUUUUUUGUCCCCCUGUCAAUAAAACGGUUAAACGGUAGGGGAGACACAGAGGCUGAUCAGGGAGGACUAUGAUAAAGGACUGGAGCCUGGCCUGUAGGCCGUCAUGAUGUGGAAGUGUCAUCUAGUCACAGCCUUUGCCUGGCAUGAACUAAUGCACGUUUGUGUGGGUAGGGAGGGGGAUGUAUGAUGACAAUGCUACUCUAUGCUGGGCUUCCGAGUGGCGCAGUGGUCUAAGGCGCUGCAUCUCAGUGCUUGAGGCGUCACUACAGACCCCCCUGGUUCGAUUCCAGGCUGUAUCACAACCCGGCCGUGAUUGGGAGUCCCAUAGGGCGGCGCACAAUUGGCCCAGCGUCGUCCGGGUUUGGCCGGUGUGGGCCGUCAUUGUAAAUAAGAAUUUGUUCUUAACUGACUUGCCUAGUUAAAUACAGGUGACAUAUGCACCUUGUUUCAAUUGAUUCUAUGUAUUCAUGUAGAAGCACUAGCACUGUCAAAUUUCCCCUCGGGGACAAUAAAGUAUAUAAUCUCACAGUCUUUCCAUUACUUAUUGAACUACUUAUGUCAUGGUUUCUCCUCCAUCUGUAGCCGUCUCCGGCCGGGGGCAGUAAAGACCAGGGCUCCAUGAGGCCCCAGGACUCCCAGUCCAGCCUGCAGAGCAGGAAAGAAGGAACGAUGCGGAAGAUCGGGAGACUUCCUCCAGAGCUCCCCAACAUUCUUCGGUAGCAAGGGUAAGAGUUGACACUAACAGUAGCAAGGAAUGGCUUGGUGCAACUCUGCACUGACUGCAUGACUGUCUAUCGCACAAAGAACGGCACUGCAGAGUAUAGAGCACCGAGCAGACUGUGUCAUUAUCAUCAGAUCAAAGAGACAGAAACAGAAACCACACAUCUGCAGUGACACAAAACACACUCUCUCUGUCCACAGCUAGUCCAUGGCUGCUGUCCGUCUCUCUGUCCACAGCUAGUCCAUGGCUGCUGUCCGGUCUCUCUGUCCACAGCUAGUCCAUGGCUGCUGUCCGGUCUCUCUCAGUCCAUGGCUGCUGUCCGGUCUCUCUCAGUCCACAGCUAGUCCAUGGCUGCUGUCCGGUCUCUCUCAGUCCACAGCUAGUACAUGGCUGCUCUCCGGUCUCUCUGUCCACAGCUAGUCCAUGGCUGCUGUCCGGUCUCUCUCAGUCCAUGGCUGCUGUCCGGUCUCUCUCAGUCCACAGCUAGUCCAUGGCUGCUGUCCGGUCUCUCUCAGUCCACAGCUAGUCCAUGGCUGCUGUCCGGUCUCUCUCAGUCCACAGCUAGUCCAUGGCUGCUGUCCGGUCUCUCUGUCCACAGCUAGUCCAUGGCUGCUGUCCGGUCUCUCUCAGUCCAUGGCUGCUGUCCGGUCUCUCUCAGUCCACAGCUAGUCCAUGGCUGCUGUCCUUUCUCUCUCAGUCCACAGCUAGUCCAUGGCUGCUGUCCGGUCUCUCUCAGUCCAUGGCUGCUGUCCGGUACUCUCUCAGUCCACAGCUAGUCCAUGGCUGCUGUCCUUUCUCUCUCAGUCCACAGCUAGUCCAUGGCUGCUGUCCGGUCUCUCUCAGUCCACAGCUAGUCCAUGGCUGCUGUCCGGUCUCUCUCUGUCCACAGCUAGUCCAUGGCUGCUGUCCGGUCCUCUCUGUCCACAGCUAGUCCAUGGCUGCUGUCCGGUCUCUCUCUGUCCACAGCUAGUCCAUGGCUGCUGUCCGGUCUCUCUCAGUCCACAGCUAGUCCAUGGCUGCUGUCCGGUCUCUCUCUGUCCACAGCUAGUCCAUGGCUGCUGUCCGGUCUCUCUCAGUCCACAGCUAGUCCAUGGCUGCUGUCCGGUCUCUCUCAGUCCACAGCUAGUCCAUGGCUGCUGUCCGGUUCUCUCUCAGUCCACAGCUAGUCCAUGGCUGCUGUCCGGUCUCUCUCUGUCCACAGCUAGUCCAUGGCUGCUGUCCGGUCUCUCUCAGUCCACAGCUAGUCCAUGGCUGCUGUCCGGUCUCUCUGUCCACAGCUAGUCCAUGGCUGCUGUCCGUCUCUCUCAGUCCACAGCUAGUCCAUGGCUGCUGUCCGGUCUCUCUCAGUCCACAGCUAGUACAUGGCUGCUGUCCGUCUCUCUCAGUCCACAGCUAGUACAUGGCUGCUGUCCGGUCUCUCUCAGUCCACAGCUAGUCCAUGGCUGCUGUCCGGUCUCUCUCAGUCCACAGCUAGUCCAUGGCUGCUGUCCGGUCUCUCUCAGUCCACAGCUAGUCCAUGGCUGCUGUCCGGUCUCUCUCAGUCCACAGCUAGUCCAUGGCUGCUGUCCGGUCUCUCUCAGUCCACAGCUAGUCCAUGGCUGCUGUCCGGUCUAUCUCAGUCCACAGCUAGUACAUGGCUGCUGUCCGGUCUCUCUCAGUCCACAGCUAGUACAUGGCUGCUGUCCGGUCUCUCUCAGUCCACAGCUAGUCCAUGGCUGCUGUCCGGUCUCUCUCAGUCCACAGCUAGUCCAUGGCUGCUGUCCGGUCUCUCUCAGUCCACAGCUAGUCCAUGGCUGCUGUCCGGUCUCUCUCUGUCCACAGCUAGUCCAUGGCUGCUGUCCGGUCUCUCUCAGUCCACAGCUAGUCCAUGGCUGCUGUCCGGUCUCUCUCAGUCCACAGCUAGUCCAUGGCUGCUGUCCGGUCUAUCUCAGUCCACAGCUAGUACAUGGCUGCUCUUUCUAGCCUACAGUAAUGGCUUGCUCUGACUUUAACUUUUUAUUGGCUUUAUGCUGCUCAGCUUUUUAAAAGCCCUUACGUCCCUCUUUUUCUCUGCAGCUAAAAAGAUAAUGGGAUUGGUGAGCAGGAAAUCCCCAGAGACGGAAGGGGGGGGUCCAUGAGCUUUAGACCCAUGAAGUCCAAGUGGAAGCUGUACAGGCCAGAGAUCUCCUCCCACUCGGUGAGAACCCACAGCCAGCUGCCCGUCCGUCUGAUUAGGGCUGGGGGGCGAUAUGGCCAAAGUACAUCACAAUAUUUGUCUUAUUGUUGACGGUAUAGCGGUAUUUUAAUGUUUCUGAAUAAUACACGUUUUAAAUAUGUUUUAUGAGUAGCAGGGGUUGGAACCGGUUCAGGAAACGGAACACCGGGAAAAUAAUGAAAAUUUUCAAGGAACAGAAACGGAACCGGGAAUGAAAGUGAUCCAUACUGUUACGGAACAGAACCGUUAUUUUUAAAAGCAUGGGAACCGGUUAAUAAUGUCAUUUUACGUUCCAGGCAUUUUUGUAUAGUUGCGUCUUGCGCCAUACGCUACACUUGUCUGUCCAUCACUCAUGGAAACAACUAGCUUGCCUGCUCUAUCCCCACUGGUUGGUGGAGUCAUUUAAUGAGCCAAAUGUAAAAAAACGGUUGAUUUCACAGGUAGAAAAAGGAAAAGAAUGGAAGAACAUAAACCAGUACUUUGUUUGGGGUUCGAACCAGUUCAGAACUUCAUUUUGCUGGUUGGAACAGUGGAACGGAACGAAAAGAAUAAUGGUUCAGAACGAAACAAUCGGUUCCAACCCCUGAUGAGUAGUGCAGGACCCUAGGAUGGCUACAAAUGCAUUCUACAUGGUUUUAAUGGGCUUUCUCCAUUCUGGUUUUAAUGGGCUUUCUCCAUUCUGGUUUUAAUGGGCUUUCUUCAUUUGGGUUUUAAUGGGCUUUCUCCAUUCUGAUUGGUUUAUACUCAACCAAAACUGACAGGGAAGUAGUCCAAUUUUGUAUAACUUGUUUAUUUAUUUAGCACUGUAUAAACAAAUCAUUAGAGUCGUGUAUUGUAAAAAUCCAUACCUGUAUGUGGAUCCAUCCGUACGAUAUAUGGCCCAGCCCUACGUCUGAUGACUACAAACAGGGAAUAUAUGAUUGGUAGGGCUGCUCCAAACCAUGGCCAACAUAACUGUUGGGACAGCAGGUCUUCAUUUUUAGAUUUAUUCAUCAGCAGGGUUCUUCAUCAAUUUUCGGGGGGGGGGGGAUAUGUUGUUUAUCACAGGUGUGUGCCCAAAUAGCAAGGUGUGCACGAAGGCAAACCUAGCAAGUUCAGGUCCUACGCUGGUCAGCCAUGCCCUAUGGAUAGUGAUUCCCAUUCGUUUGAGGUUGAUUAUGGUGGCUGUCAUGUAAAAGGUACUUGUUGAUUAACUUCGGUCGUAAAUCUGAACCUGUUGACCUCCUGUCUCAGAUCAUCAGUGGCGUUCCAAACGUGAAAGAGAGUGACCAUCUCAUCAUCAAGAGACGACGGAGAAAUGAGUUGAUUUCUCUCUGUAUGACAGCAAGGAAGACAGACGCUGCUCUUUAUGCUACAGGGAAAUGAAUGAAUCGAUUUUGUAAUGAAGGACAUCUUCAGGUUGACUCUUUUUUAAGGUCAUUUUCCUUUCUAGAAGUCGUGUAUUUUUCUGAAAUCACUUGCACUUCCUCUUAGCUGCCUAUUUUCUAUCAUAUACCCUUCAUUUAUCACUUCAUUCUAUUUUAUUUCUACGUAUUUAAUGUUGCACAUAGUAUGAUUUAUUUCUCUCAUUGUGUGAUAUGUAUAAUAUGAUUUAACAGAAUAUAAUCAAGUAUUUUUAUUCUCAGUCCAGAACGUCAUGGUGGUAAUGCACUAACCUGAGGAUGUACAGUAUAGUACACGUGCUGAUGAUACAUGGUGUAACUUAUAGAUGUAGGGCCUUAUCCAAUCAGCGUAGUAUCUAGGGUGAGACGGAACACCGUUACAAACUGCUCUUUUGGUUUCACUCAGUAAACCUUUUUUUAUUUCCUAAAUGAAUCUAAAUGUCUUUCCCAGUCUUGAUUUACUGCACCCUUCCUUUUCACUGCUACUGCUAACAUAUACCAAGGUGGCUUAAUAAAACACUACUCCUUUGUAAUACUGUACUGCUAACAUAUAUCAAGGUGGCUUAAUAAAACACUACUCCUUUGUAAUACUGUACUGCUAACAUAUAACAUGGGUGUUUAAUAAAACACUACUCCUUUGUAAUACUGUACUGCUAACAUACAGUACCAGUCAAAGGUUUGGACACACCUACUCAUUCCAGGGUUUUCUUUAUUUGUACUAUUUUCUACAUUGUAGAAUAAUAGUGAAGACAUCAAAGCUAUGAAAUAACACAUAUGGAAUCAUGUAGUAUCCAAAAAAAGUGUUAACCUAAUCAAAAUAUAUUUUAUAUUUCAGAUUCUUCAAAGUAGCCACCCUUUGUCUUGACAGCUUUGCACACUCUUGGCAUUCUCUCAACCAGCUUCAUGAGGUAGUCACUUGGAAUGCAUUUCAAUUAACAGGUGUGCCUUGUUAAAAGUUAAUGCGUUUGAGCCAAUCAGUUGUGUUGUGACAAAGUAGGGGUGGUACACAGAAGAUAGCCCUAUUUGGUGAAAGACCAAGUCCAUAUUAUGGCAAAAACAGCUCAAAUAAGCAAAGAGAAAAGACAGUCCAUCAUUACUUUAAGACAUGAAGGUCAGUCAAUCCGAAAAAUGUCAAGAACUUUGAAAGUUUCUUCAAGUGCAAUCUCAAAAACCUUCAAGCGCUAUGAUGAAACUGGCUCUCAUGAGGACCACCACAGGAAAGAAAGACCCAGAGUUACCACUGCUGCAGAGGAUACGUUCAUUAGAGUUAAAUGCACCUCAGAUUGCAGCCCAAAUAAAUGCUUCACAGAGUUCAAGUAACAGACACAUCUCAACAUCAACUGUUCAGAGGAGACUGUGUGAAUCAGGCCUUCACGGUUGAAUUGCUGCAAAUAAACCACUACUAAAGAUAACCAAUAAAAAGAAGAGACUUGCUUGGGCCAAGAAACACGAGCAAUGGACAUUAGACUGGUGGAAAUCUGUCCUUUGGUCUGAUGAGUCCAAAUGUGAGAUUUUUGGUUCCAACCGCCGUGUCUUUGUGAGACGAAGAGUAGGUGAACGGAUGAUCUCUGCAUGUGUGGUUCCCACCGUGAAGCAUGGAGGAGGAGGUGUGAUGGUGCUUUGCUGGUGACACUGUUGGUGAUUUUAUUUAGAAUUCAAGGCACACUUAACCAGCAUGGCUACCACAGCAUUCUGCAGCAAUACGCCAUCCCAUCUGGUUUGCACUUAGUGGGACUAUCAUUUGUUUUUCAACAGGAAAAUGACCCAAAACACACCUCCAGGCAGUGUAAGGGCUAUUUCACCAAGAAGGAGGGUGAUGGAGUGCUGCAUCAGAUGACCUGGCCUCCACAAUCACCCGACCUCUACCCAAUUGAGAUGGUUUGGGAUGAGUUGGACUGCAGAGUGAAGGAAAAGCAGCCAACAAGUGCUCAGCAUAUGUGGGAACUCCUUCAAGACUGUUGGAAAAGCAUUCCUCAUGAAGCUGGAUGAGAGAAUGCCAAUAGUGUGCAAAGCUGUCAUCAAGGCAAAGGGUGGCUACUUUGAAGAAUCUCAAAUCUAAAGUAUAUUUUUUUGGUUACUACAUGAUUCCAUAUGUGUUAUUUCAUAGUUUUGAUGUCUUCACUAUUAUUCUACAAUGUCGAAAAUAGUACAAAUAAAGAAAAACCCUUGAAUGAGUAGGUGUGUCCAAACCUUUGACUGGUAGUGUAUACCAAGGUGGUUUAAUAAAACAAUACUCCUUUGUAAUACUGUACUGCUAAUAUAUACAGUGAGGGGGAAAAAAGUAUUUGAUACCCUGCUGAUUUUGUAUGUCAAAAAACGCAUGUCAAAAAUGUUAUAAAUUGAUUUGCAUUUUAAUGAGGGAAAUAAGUAUUUGACCCCCUCUCAAUCUCCCUCGGCCUGGGGCUCCAUACAAGACCUCACCUAGUGGAGUUGCAAUGAUCAUGAGAACGGUGAGGAAUCAGCCCAGAACUACACGGGAGGAUCUUGUCAAUGAUCUCAAGGCAGCUGGGACCAUAGUCACCAAGAAAACAAUUGGUAACACACUACGCCGUGAAGGACUGAAAGCCUGCAGCGCCCGCAAGGUCCCUCUGCUCAAGAAAGCACAUAUACAGGGCCGUCUGAAGUUUGCCAAUGAACAUCUGAAUGAUUCAGAGGAGAACUGGGUGAAAGUGUUGUGGUCAGAUGAGACCAAAAUCGAGCUCUUUGGCAUCAACUCAACUCGCCGUGUUUGUAGGAGGAGGAAUGCUGCCUAUGACCCCAAGAACACCAUCCCCACCGUCAAAGAUGGAGGUGGAAACAUUAUGCUUUGGGGGUGUUUUCUGCUAAGGGGACAGGACAACUUCAACGCAUCAAAGGGACGAUGGACGGGGAUGUACCGUCAAAUCUUGGGUGAGAACCUCCUUCCCUCAGCCAGGGCAUUGAAAAUGGGUCGUUGAUGGGUAUUCCAGCAUGACAAUGACCCUAAACACACGGCCAAGGCAACAAAGGAGUGGCUCAAGAAGAGGCACAUUAAGGUCCUGGAGUGGCCUAGCCAGUCUCCAGACCUUAAUCCCAUAGAAAAUCUGUGGAGGGAGCUGAAGGUUCGAGUUGCCAAAUGUCAGCCUCGAAACCUUAAUGACUUGAAGAAGAUCUGCAAAGAGGAGUGGGACAAAAUCCCUCCUGAGAUGUGUGCAAACCUGGUGGCCAACUACAAGAAACAUCUGACCUCUGUGAUUGCCAACAAGGGUUUUGUCACCAAGUACUAAGUCAUGUUUUGCAGAGGGGUCAAAUACUUAUCUCCCUCAUUAAAAUGCAAAUCAAUUUAUAACAUUUUUGACAUGUGUUUUUCUGGAUUUUUGUUGUUGUUAUUCUGUCUCUCACUGUUCAAAUAAACCUACCAUUAAAAUUAUGGACUGAUCAUGUCUUUGUCAGUAGGCAAACGUACAAAAUCAGCAAGGGAUCAAAUACUUUUUUCCCUCACUGUACCAAGGUGGUUUAAUAAAACGCUACUACUCCUUUGUAAUACUGUACUGCUAACAUAUAACAAGGUGGUUUAAUAAAACGCUACUACUCCUUUGUAAUACUGUACUGCUAACAUAUAACAAGGUGGUUUAAUAAAACGCUACUACUCCUUUGUAAUACUGUACUGCUAACAUAUAACAAGGUGGUUUAAUAAAGCACUACUCCUUUGUAAUACUGUACUGCUAACAUAUAACAAGGUGGUUUAAUAAAACACUACUCCUUUGUAAUACUGUACUGCUAACAUAUAACAAGGUGGUUUAAUAAAGCACUACUCCUUUGUAAUACUGUACUGCUAACAUAUAACAAGGUGGUUUAAUAAAACACUACUACUUUGUAAUACUAUACUGCUAACAUAUAACAAGGUUGAGCCAUCCAUUGUUUGUUUUGUGCAUACACACCCUUGCCUACUAAAAUCGUACUUUCUAGUUUGCUGAAUUAUUGCAGUGACUGCGGCUAGCUACAGUAACUAAGUAUAUACCCAGUGGUGUAAAGUACUAAAGUAGUUAUGGGUAUCUGUACUUUACUAUUUAUAUUUUUGACAACUUGUACUUCACUACAUUCCUAAAGAAAUAAUGUACUUUUUACUCCAUCCAUUUUCCCUGACACCAAAAAGUACUCGUUACAUUUUGAUUGCUUAGCAGGACUGAAAAAUUGACCAAUUCACGCACUUAUCAAGAGAACAUCCCUGGUCAUCGCUACUGCCUCUGAUCUGGCAGACUCACUGAACACAAAUGCACUGAGUGUCUGAGUGUUGCCCCUGGCUACCCGUAAAUGCACUGAGUGUCUGAGUGUUGCCCCUGGCUACCCGUAAAUGUCUGAGUGUCUGAGUGUUGCCCCUGGCUACCCGUAAAUGUCUGAGUGUCUGAGUGUUGCCCCUGGCUACCUGUGAAUGUCUGAGUGUCUGAGUGUUGCCCCUGGCUACCCGUAAAUGCACUGAGUGUCUGAGUGUUGCCCCUGGCUACCCGUAAAUGCACUGAGUGUCUGAGUGUUGCCCCUGGCUACCCGUAAAUGUCUGAGUGUCUGAGUGUUGCCCCUGACUACCCGUAAAUGUCUGAGUGUCUGAGUGUUGCCCCUGGCUACCCGUAAAUGUCUGAGUGUCUGAGUGUUGCCCCUGGCUACCCGUAAAUGCACUGAGUGUCUGAGUGUUGCCCCUGGCUACCCGUAAAUGUCUGAGUGUCUGAGUGUUGCCCCUGGCUACCCGUAAAUGUCUGAGUGUCUGAGUGUUGCCCCUGGCUACCCGUAAAUGUCUGAGUGUCUGAGUGUUGCCCCUGGCUACCCGUAAAUGCACUGAGUGUCUGAGUGUUGCCCCUGGCUACCCAUAAAUGCACUGAGUGUCUGAGUGUUGCCCUGGCUACCCGUAAAUGUCUGAGUGUCUGAGUGUUGCCCCUGGCUCCCGUAAAUGUCUGAGUGUCUGAGUGUUUGCCCCUGGCUACCCGUAAAUGCACUGAGUGUUGAGUGUUCCCCUGGCUACCCGUAAAUGUCUGAGUGUCUGAGUGUUGCCCCUGGCUACCCAUAAAUCACUGAGUGUCUGAGUGUUGCCCCUGGCACCCGAAAUGUCUGAGUGUCUGAGUGUUGCCCCUGGCUACCCGUAAAUGUCUGAUGUCUGAGUGUUGCCCCUGGUACCCGUAAAUGUCUGAGUGUCUGAGUGUUGCCCCUGGCUACCUGUAAAUGUCUGAGUGUCUGAGUGUUGCCCCUGGCUACCCAUAAAUGCACUGAGUGUCUGAGUGUUGCCCCUGGCUACCCGUAAAUGUCUGAGUGUCUGAGUGUUGCCCCUGGCUACCCGUAAAUGUCCUGAGUGUCUGAGUGUUGCCCUGGCUACCCGUAAAUGUCUGAGUGUCUGAGGUGUUGCCCCUGGCUACCCGUAAAUGCACUGAGUGUCUGAGUGUUGCCCCUGGCUACCCGUAAAUGUCUGAGUGUCUGAGUGUUGCCCCUGGCUACCCGUAAAUGUCUGAGUGUCUGAGUGUUGCCCCUGGCUACCCGUAAAUGUCUGAGUGUCUGAGUGUUGCCCCUGGCUACCCGUAAAUGUCUGAGUGUCUGAGUGUUGCCCCUGGCUACCCGUAAAUGUCUGAGUGUCUGAGUGUUGCCCCUGGCUACCCGUAAAUGUCUGAGUGUCUGAGUGUUGCCCCUGGCUACCCGUAAAUGUCUGAGUGUCUGAGUGUUGCCCCUGGCUACCCGUAAAUGUCUGAGUGUCUGAGUGUUGCCCCUGGCUACCCGUAAAUGUCUGAGUGUCUGAGUGUUGCCCCUGGCUACCCGUAAAUGUCUGAGUGUCUGAGUGUUGCCCCUGGCUACCCGUAAAUGUCUGAGUGUCUGAGUGUUGCCCCUGGCUACCCGUAAAUGUCUGAGUGUCUGAGUGUUGCCCCUGGCUACCCGUAAAUGUCUGAGUGUCUGAGUGUUGCCCCUGGCUACCCGUAAAUGCACUGAGUGUCUGAGUGUUGCCCCUGGCUACCCGUAAAUGCACUGAGUGUCUGAGUGUUGCCCCUGGCUACCCGUAAAUGCACUGAGUGUCUGAGUGUUGCCCCUGGCUACCCGUAAAUGCACUGAGUGUCUGAGUGUUGCCCCUGGCUACCCGUAAAUGCACUGAGUGUCUGAGUGUUGCCCCUGGCUACCCGUAAAUGUCUGAGUGUCUGAGUGUUGCCCCUGGCUACCCGUAAAUGUCUGAGUGUCUGAGUGUUGCCCCUGGCUACCCGUAAAUGUCUGAGUGUCUGAGUGUUGCCCCUGGCUACCCGUAAAUGCACUGAGUGUCUGAGUGUUGCCCCUGGCUACCCGUAAAUGCACUGAGUGUCUGAGUGUUGCCCCUGGCUACCCGUAAAUGCACUGAGUGUCUGAGUGUUGCCCCUGGCUACCCGUAAAUGUCUGAGUGUCUGAGUGUUGCCCCUGGCUACCCGUAAAUGCACUGAGUGUCUGAGUGUUGCCCCUGGCUACCCGUGAAUGUCUGAGUGUCUGAGUGUUGCCCCUGGCUACCCGUAAAUGCACUGAGUGUCUGAGUGUUGCCCCUGGCUACCCGUAAAUGUCUGAGUGUCUGAGUGUUGCCCCUGGCUACCCGUAAAUGCACUGAGUGUCUGAGUGUUGCCCCUGGCUACCCGUAAAUGUCUGAGUGUCUGAGUGUUGCCCCUGGCUACCCGUAAAUGAAAAUGGUCAGGUCUGGUUUGCUUAAUGUAAGAAAUUUGAAAGGAUUUUUUCAUUUUGAUACUUAAGUAUAUUUUAGCUAUUACAUUUACUUUUGAUACUUGAGUAUAUUUAAAAACAAUAACUUUUUAGACUUUUACUGAAGUAGCAUUUUACUGGGUGACUUUUACUUGAGUCAUUUUCUAUUAUGGUAUCUUUACUUUUACUCAAGUAUGACAAUUGGGUACUUUUUCUACCACUGUAUAUACCAACCACUCCAAGUAUUGUGACCAUCUGUUUGUGCACUCUGAAAUCAGCUCAGCAGUCACUGCAUUGGGACAUAAUGGAUGUUGCUGUUUGUUAUUCAUAGAAUAUUUGAAUCGCAUCCGAAUAUGCAAAAUGAUUAAGUGAACAAUCAAGACAAGGCAGCUGUUGAGUGCGUGAGGGAAUGAGAGGAAAGGCGUUGUGACACCCAGAGCUCUGGCAGUAUUGAAAAGGUUUUGUUCUGGGACGGAUGUCACAGUUACGGCCAUUCUUCCAGCAUGGACGGGGUGUUCUCAUGCUUUUUCUUUCUCUGCAAAGCUGUAAAUGUGUGGAAGUGAUAUAAGGAGCCUGAUUCUCAUUCACAGCACACGCAUGGGUCUUCACUAAAUUUUGAAAUGAGGUAGCUAUGAGGAAGAUAAUCAUUUGGCAGAGUUCUGGGUUUGGCAGUUGGUACCAGAGAUAGGCCUUAUAGUCAGCUAAUUAUAUAUUACACCACCAUCAAUUCCAGCUAAAAUUUUAAGCUGCAGAUUUUCAGAGUGCUUAGUGACCCAGGAGAGAAGGAAAGGAGCCUUCAUCUAAAGUCCUCAUCAGGAAACUUUGGGUAUUUAUUAGAAUCCCCAUUAGCUGUUGCAAAAGCAGCAGCUAAUCUUCAUGGGGUUCACACAAAACAUGAAAUAAUACAGAACAUUAAUAAACAAGAACAGCUCAAGGACAGAACUACAUCAAUAAAACAUCUAUUUAAAAAAGGCACACGUAGCCUACAUAUCAAUAUCAAUACAUACACACAAACUAUCCAGGUCAAAUAGGGGAGCGGCGUUGUGCCGUGAGGUGUUGCUUUACCUGUUGGGACCAGGUUUGCUGUUCAUUUGAGCAAUAUGAGAUGGAACGGAGUUCCAUGCGAUAAUGGCUCUAUAUAAUACUGUACGCUUUCUAGAAUUUUGUCCUGGAUUUGGUGACUGUGAAAAGACCCCUGGUGGCAUGUCUGGUGGGUUAAGUGUGUGUGUGUCAGAGCUGUGUGUAAGUUCACUAUGCAAACAAUUUGGGAUUUUCAACAAAUUCAUGUUUUCUUAUAAAAAGAAGAAGUGAUGCAGUCAGUCUCUCCUCAACUCUUAGCCAAGAGAGACCGGCAUGCAUAGUAUUUAUAUCAGCCCUCUGAUUAUGGUUAAUCUAUUUCAUUUUGCCGAGAUUGAGUUUCAGAAGUUGUAAAGGCACUCAAAUCUAUUGAUAUUAAGAAAGCGGCUGGCCCGGAUUAAUUAAACCCUUAUUUUCAAGAAAUUGGUGCAGAGAUUAUUGCUGCCCCUCUCACUCAUAUAUUAAAUAUUUAAUUGGUGAGUAAUACCGUCCCAAAAGUCUGGAAAGCAGCCUACGUCAUGCCUUUACAUAAGGGUGGAGGUCCGUCCCAGUUGGAGAACUAUCGUCCCAUAUCUAAACUGUCUGCACUGGCGAAAGUUUUGGAAAACAUGGUGAACUCACAGUUGAAAUACUUUCUUUAUAAUAACUCAGUUUUAUCUCAAUUCCAGUCAGGUUUUUAGAGCCAAGCAUAGUACAAGUACUGCAGUAAGGAAGGCUGUAGGUGAUAUUCUAGAUGCUCAGGACAAAAAAAAAUCACAGUGUUUCACUUUUUAUUGAUUUAUCGAAGGCCUUCGACACUGUUGACCAUGCCCUGCUGUUGUAUAUACAAAAAAAAAGGUUGGUUUAAGUGUUGAUGCAUUGGAUUGGUUCCAAAACUGCCUUUCUGACAGAUCACAGUGUGUAGCACAGGAAGGUAUGACAUCUGAGUUUCAAAGGCUUACAAAAUGAGUUCCCCAGGGCUCAAUUUUAGGUCUGAUCCUUUUUACACUGUAUAUAAAUGAUAUAGGGAGGACUGUUGACUCUGCAAAUCUCCAUCUGUAUGCUGAUGACACAAUUAUUUAUUCAAGCGCAUCUAAUAUUGAGAAGGCUUUCGGGGCUUACAGUUGGCUUUUGAUGUUAUUCAAAGGCAGCUUUUCGAAUUGAAACUUGUGCUUAAUGCAAGGAAAACAAAAUGUAUGGUUUUCUCUUCCCUGAAAGUAAACAGAUGGAGUCACUUGCAGAUUUCAACUAUAAAAUGGCAGCAAAUUGAUAGGGUCACCUCCUAUAAGUAUCUUGGUAUUUGGUUAGAUGAAAAGCUGAAUUUUAAACAGCACAUUUAUAACUUGACCAAGAAGCUGAAGUUGAGUUUCUAUUUUAGGAACAAAUCUUGCUUUUCAAUGUUAGUCAUCUUGUUCAAAGCACUUUUUUAUCAGUGCUGGAUUAUGGUGAUGUUGUCUAUAUGCAGGCCUUAGCAAGUACCUUAACUCUGGACACAGUGUAUCAUGGUGCUUUAAGAUUUAUAACAAAUGCUAGAUCGCUCACCCAUCACUGUUGAUGUGUAUGCUAUGGUGCAAUGGACCUCUCUCUCCACCAGGAGGCUAAAGCACUGGUAUACUUUUAAAAAAUGUAACUAGGCAAGACUUUUAAUAACAAACUCUUAUUUACAAUGACGGCCUACCCCCGGCCAAAUCUGGACGACGCUGGGCCAAUUGCGCACCGCCCUAUGGGACUCCCAAUCACAGCCUGAUUGUGAUACAGCCUGAUAUCGAACCAGGGGCUGUAGUGAUGCCUCUAGCACUGAGAUGCAGUUCCUUAGAACGCUGCGCCACUGCACUUUUGUGUACAAACCAUUGAUAGGACAAAACCCUUUGCAUCUCUGUUCCUUACUGACCAGAUCAGUCACUCAAUACAGUCUUCGUUCACGGUCGUUGCUGUCCUUGUCUGUUCCUAAGGCUAGAACUGAGAUGGGGAAACAAUCUAUUUCCCAUAAUGCCCCUUCAUCCUGGAACAUGCUUCAAAAUAUAUUAAAGUUAGGGUAGUUAGUGUCCUUGCCUGUUUUUAAGACUCUGACAACACUGUUUGUGAUAGCUGCAGUUGUUUCUAAUCUUCAAAUAUAUCUGGAACUUGUGACACUGUCUUUUGUGUGUAUUUUGUAUUUUUCAGUAAUAUUUCAUGUACACGCUGUUAUUUCCCUGUUUGCCCAGGUCACCCUCGCAAAAUUGGUUUUUAACCUCAAUGGGUCUUACCUGGUUAAAUAAAGGUUAAAUAAAAAUGUUUAAAAAGCAAUUAAGAGCAAUACGUGCCGCUCUGUUCUGGGCCAGCUGCAGCUUAACUACAUAUUUUCUUGCAGCACUCCACACCACACGAUUGGACAAUAAUCAAGAUAAGACAAAACUAGAGCCUGCAGGACUUGCUUUUUGGAAUGUGGUGUCAAAAAAGCAGAGCAUCUCUUUAUUACGGACAGACCUCUCCCCAUCUUUACAACCAUUGAAUCUAUAUGUUUUGACCAUGACAGUUUACAAUCUAAGGUAACACCAAGUAAUUUAGUCUCCUCAACUUGUUCAACAGCCACACCAACCAACCACAUUCAUUACCAGAUUCAGCUGAGGUUUAGAACUUAGGGAAUGAUUUGUACCAAAUACAAUGCUCUUAGUUUUAGAGAUGUUCAGGACCAGUUUAUUAGUGGCCACCCAUUCCAAAACAGACUGCAACUCUUUGUUAAGGGUUUCAGUGACUUCAUUAGCUGUGGUUGCUGAUGCGUAUAUGGUUGAAUCAUCAGCAUACAUGGACACAUGCUUUGUUUAAUGCCAGUGGCAGGUCAUUGGUAAAAAUAGAAAAGUAGAGGGCCUAGAGAGCUGCCCUGCGGUACACCACACUUUACAUGUUUGACAUUAGAGAAGCUUCCAUUAAAGAAAACCCUUUGAGUUCUAUUAGAUAGAUAGCUCUGAAUCCACGAUAUGGCAGAAGUUGAAAAGCCAUAACACAUCAGUUUUUUUCAACAACAGGUUGUUAGAAAGAAAAAUGCUAUUGCAACCUUUUUUGCAGAAGUUUCAUGUGUUUAAUACCAAGGAUGCCGUCAGCUGAGUGCAUACAUUUAGAAAGUUCACCACACAUCUUAUACUCCUCCCUCCUUUUGGUCACCACCCUCUUGUAGGUGUCUCCUCCCCAGGUAUACAUCUUAUAACCCCAAUGAGUUUCCCUUAUCGCCCCUGGGGAAUGUCCAUGGUCCUCUUUUGGUUAGCUAGAUGUCAUAAUCACACCCAGUCCAUCUUCAUUGUCCAGGGACUGACCUUGCUCCCUGAUCCGAGACAAUUUCCUCUUAUCUGAUUAGGUCAACCUUUUCAAAUUAGCAUACACACAGUUUCAUGGCCUAAACUACCAUUCAUACUCACAGUAAUCAUUCACUAAACAGGAUACCAACAAACUACAGUUUAACUUGAAACAUGUUACAUUUUAACAGAAUCCAUCAAGGUUAUGGUCAAUAAUGUCAAAGGCUGCACUGAAAUCUAACAGUACAGCUACCCACAAUCUUCUUGUUAUCAAUUUCUUUCAACCAAUCUUCAGUCAUUUGUGUCAGUGCAGUACAUGUUGAGUGCCCUUCUCUAUAAGCAUGCUGAAAGUCUGUUGUUAAUUUGUUUACAUAGAAAUAGCAUUGUAUUUGGUCAAACACAAUUCUUUCCAACAGUUUGCUAAGAGCUGAAAGCAAGCUGAUAGGUCUGCUGUUAGAACCAGUAAAGGCCGCUUUACCACUCUUGGGUAGCAGAAUGACUUUGGCUUCCCACCAGGCCUGAGGACAAAGACUUUCCUCUAGGCUCAGAUUAAAGACAUGACAGAUAGGAGUGGCUAUAGAGUCAGCUACCAUCCUCAGUAGCUUUCCAUCCAAGCUGCUCUGGAUAAGAGCGUCUGCUAAAUGACGUAAAUGUAAAUGUAAGUUGUCAUUGCCAGAAGGUUUGUCAUUAUUGAUCGUUAACAAUAUUUUUCCACCUCUCCCGCACUAACUUUACAAAAUUCAAACUUGCAAUGCUUUUCUUUCAUUAUUAGUUAUUUUAUGCAUGAAUACGAUGGCUCACUGUUUGUUGUUGGCAUUUCCUGCCUAAGUUUUCCCACUUUGCCAAUGAAGUAAUCAUUAAAAGAAUUGGCAACAUCAAAUGGUUUUGUGAUGAAUAAGCCAUCUGAUUCGAUGAAAGAUGGAGUUGAAUUUGUCUUUCUACCCAUAAUUUCAUGUAAAGUACUCCAAAGUUUUUUUCCAUCAUUCUUUAUAUAAUUGAUCUUGGCUUCAUAAUACAGUUUCUUCUUCUUUUUGUUGAGUUUAGUCACAUCAUUUCUUAAUUUGCAGUAAGUCAGCCAGUCAGAUGUGCAACUUCCGGAUGCUCCUUAUUAAUCACAUCAGACCAACAAAUAUUUGUAACAUCAUCCACAUAAGAGUCACAGCAAAAUAUUUUGUAUGACUAAUAAUAACAGACAGGUUACAGCACUGUAGAGCUGAAGAUAACAGACAGAUAGGUUACAGCACUGUAGAGCUGAAGAUAACAGACAGACAGGUUACAGCACUGUAGAGCUGAAGAUAACAGACAGACAGGUUACAGCACUGUAGAGCUGAAGAUAAACAGACAGUUACAGAGCUGAAGAUAACAGACAGACAGGUUACAGCACUGUAGAGCUGAAGAUAACAGACAGACAGGUUACAGCACUGUAGAGCUGAAGAUAACAGACAGACAGGUUACAGCACUGUAGAGCUGAAGAUAACAGACAGACAGGUUACAGCACUGUAGAGCUGAAGAUAAACAGACAGUUAAGCUGUAAGCGAAGAAACGCUAGUAGCGACUGUAAGCUGAAUAACAGACAGAUAGGUUACAGCCUGUAGAGCUGAAGAUAACAGACAGACAGGUUACAGCACUGUAGAGCUGAAGAUAACAGACAGACAGGUUACAGCACUGUAGAGCUGAAGAUAACAGACAGACAGGUUAAGCACUGUAGAGCUGAAGAUAACAGACAGACGGUUACGAGCUGAAGUACAGACAGACAGGUACAGCACUGUAGAGCUGAAAAUACAGACAGACAGGUUACAGCGCUGUAGAGCUGAAGAUAACAGACAGGUUACAGCACUGUAGAGCUGAAGAUAACAGACAGGUUACAGCACUGUAGAGCUGAAGAUAACAGACAGACAGGUUACAGCACUGUAGAGCUGAAGAUAACAGACAGACAGGUUACAGCACUGUAGAGCUGAAAAUAACAGACAGACAGGUUACAGCGCUGUAGAGCUGAAGAUAACAGACAGGUUACAGCACUGUAGAGCUGAAGAUAACAAGACAGGUUACAGCGCUGUAGAGCUGAAGAUAACAGACAGACAGGUUACAGCACUGUAGAGCUGAAGAUAACAGACAGACAGGUUACAGCACUGUAGAGCUGAAGAUAACAGACAGACAGGUUACAGCACUGUAGAGCUGAAGAUAACAGACAGACAGGUUACAGCACUGUAGAGCUGAAGAUAACAGACAGACAGGUUACAGCACUGUAGAGCUGAAGAUAACAGACAGACAGGUUACAGCACUGUAGAGCUGAAGAUAACAGACAGAUAGGUUACAGCACUGUAGAGCUGAAGAUAACAGACAGACAGGUUACAGCGCUGUAGAGCUGAAGAUAACAGACAGACAGGUUACAGCACUGUAGAGCUGAAGAUAACAGACAGAUAGGUUACAGCACUGUAGAGCUGAAGAUAACAGAUAGGUUACAGCACUGUAGAGCUGAAGAUAACAGACAGACAGGUUACAGCGCUGUAGAGCUGAAGAUAACAGACAGACAGGUUACAGCACUGUAGAGCUGAAGAUAACAGAUAGACAGGUUACAGCACUGUAGAGCUGAAGAUAACAGACAGACAGGUUAUAGCACUGUAGAGCUGAAGAUAACAGACAGACAGGUUACAGAGCUGUAGAGCUGAAGAUAACAGACAGGUUACAGCGCUGUAGAGCUGAAGAUAACAGACAGGUUACAGCACUGUAGAGCUGAAGAUAACAGACAGACAGGUUACAGCACUGUAGAGCUGAAGAUAACAGACAGGUUACAGCGCUGUAGAGCUGAAGAUAACAGACAGACAGGUUACAGCACUGUAGAGCUGAAGAUAACAGAGUUACAGCACUGUAAGCUGAGAUAACAGACAGGUUACCAAGCACUGUCAGGCUUAGAUAACAGACAGACAGGUUACAAGCCUGUGAGCUGAAGAUAACACAGCAUUACAGCACUGUAGAGCUGAAGAUAAGACAACAGUUCACAUGUAAGCUGACAUAACGACAGACAGUUACCCACUGUAAGACAAGGAAAAGACAGCAGGUUUAGCACUAAGCUGAGAUAACGCUAGGUUACACCUGUAGAGCUGAGAUCAACGACAGUUUACAGCACUAGAGCUUGAAGUCACGGACAACGUUCGCACUGAUGAGCUGAAUGAAAGACACACGUUAUAAGCCACUGUAAGCUGAAGAUAACAGCUAGUACAGCACUUAGAGCUGAAGUAACAGACAGAUAGGUUACAGCACUGUAGAGCUGAGACAGUACGACAUGUGUCAGCAACUGUGAGCGAAGUACCAACAACAGGUUACAGCACUGUAAGCUAAGAUACAACAGACAGUUUACAUGCACUUGAGCUGGAAACACACAGACAGUUAUAGCACGUAGAGCUGAAUAACAGACAACGGUACAGAGCUGAAGAUAAAGGACACGGUUACAGCUGUAGAGCUGAAAUGAACAGACAGCAGGUUACAGCCUGUAACUGAAGUAACACAGGUUCAGCCUGUGAGAGCUGAAGAUAACAGACAGGUUAACAGCACUUAAGCUGAAGAUACAUACAACAGUUCAGCCGCUGUAGAGCGAGAUAGAAGGUUACAGCACGUAACUGAGAUACAACAGCACGGUUCGCACUUGAGCUGAAAAUGAACAACAGACGUUACAGCCUGUAGAGCUGAGAACAACAGUAGAUCUGUAACUGAGAUACGAAGACAGUUACGCCUGUGAGCUGAAGAACAAGCGUCACGCUGUAGGAGCUGAAACUGUAACAACACAGUUACGCACUGUAGCUGAAGAUACAACAGACAGGUUACAGCACUGUAAGCUGGAAGAUAACAGACGGUCAGCACUGUAGACUGAGUACAGACAGGUACAGCACUGUAAGCUGAAGAUACAGACAGACAGUUACAGACUGUAGAGCAGAUACAGACAGACAGUCGAGCUGUGAGCGAAGAUCAGACAGACAGUUACAGACUGAGACCAUACAACAGAGUCCACUGUAGGCUGAGAUAACAACAGACAGGUUCAGCACUGUAGAGCUGAAGAUAACAGAAGGUUACAGCCUGUAGAGCUGAGAUAACAGCGACAGGUUACAGCACUGUAGAGCUGAAGAUAACAGCUAGGUUACAGCACUGUAGAGCUGAAGAUAACAGACAGACAGGUUUACAGCACUGUAGAGCUGAAGAUAACAACAGAUAGGUUACAGCACUGUAGAGCUGAAGAUAACAGACAGACAGGUUACAGCACUGUAGAGCUGAAGAUAACAGACAGACAGGUUACAGCACUGUAGAGCUGAGAUAACGACAGAUAGGUUACAGCACUGUAGAGCUGAAGAUAACAGACAGACAGGUUACAGCGCUGUAGAGCUGAAGAUAACAGACAGACAGGUUACAGCACUGUAGAGCUGAAGAUAACAGACAGACAGGUUACAGCACUGUAGAGCUGAAGAUAACAGACAGGUUUACAGCACUGUAGAGCUGAAGAUAACAGACAGGUUACAUCGCUGUAGAGCUGAAGAUAACAGAUAGAUGUAGUGACUGGAAGGCCAUGCUCCAAAAUCAAUGCUGCUCCAUCUUCCCCACAUACAGUGCAUUCAGAAAGUAUAAUGACCCCUUGACUUUUUCCACAUUUUGUUACCUUACAGCCUUAUUCUGAAAUGGAUUAAAUAAUUUUUUUGCUCAUCAAUCUACACACAAUACCCCAUAAUUACAAAGCGAAAACAGGUUUUUAGAAAUUGAGCUCAGGUGCAUCCUGUUUCCAUUGAUCAUCCUUGAGAUGUUUCUACAACUUGAUUGAAGUCCACCUGUGGUAAUUUCAAUUGAUUGGACAUGAUUUGGAAAGGCACACACCUGUCUAUAUAAGGUCCCACAGUUGAAAGUUAAUCUCAGAGCAAAGACAAAGCCAUGAGGUCGAAGGAAUUGUCCGUAGAGCUCUGAGACAGGAUUGUGUCGAGGCACAGAUCUGAGGAAUGGUACCAAAACAUUUCUGCAGCAUUGAAGGUCCCCAAGAACACAGUGGCCUCCAUCAUUCUUAAAUGGAUGAAGUUUGGAACCACCAAGACUCUUCCUAGAGCUGGCCGCCCGGCUAAACUGAGCAAUCGGGGGAGAAGGGCCUUGGUCAGGGAGGUGACCAAGAACCCGAUGGUCACUCUGACAGAGCUCCAGAGUUCCUCUGUGGAGAUGGGAGAACCUUCCAGAAGGACAACCAUCUCUGCAGCACUCCACCAAUCAGGCCUUUAUGGUAGAGUGGCCAGAUGGAAGCCACUCCUCAGUAAAAGGCACAUGACAGCCCACUUGGAGUUUUCCAAAAGGCACCUAAAGACUCUCAGACCAUGAGAAACAAGAAUCUCUGGUCUGAUGAAACCAAGAUUGGACUAUUUGGCCUGAAUGCCAAGCGUCACGUCUGGAGGAAACUGGCACCAUCCCUACGGUGAAGCAUGGUGGUGGCAGCAUCAUGCUGUGGGGAUGUUUUUCAGCGGCAGGGACUGGGAGACUAGUCAGGAUCGAGGGAAAGAUUAAGCAAAUUACAGAGAGAUCCUUGAUGAAAACCUGCUCCAGAGCACUCAGGACCUCAGACUGGGGCGAAGGUUCACCUUCCAACAGGACAAUGACCCUAAGCACACAGCCAAGACAACGCAGGAGUGGCUUCGGGACAAGUCUCUGAAUGUCCUUUAGUCGCCCAGCCAGAGCCCGGACUUGAACCCGAUUGAACAUUUCUGGAGAGACCUGAAAAUAGCUGUGCAGCGAUGCUCCCCAUCCAACCUGACAGAGCUUGAGAGGAUCUGCAUAGAAGAAUGGGAGAAACUCCCCAAAUACACGUGUGCCAAAGAGGACUCGAGGCUGUAAUCGCUGCCAAAGGUGCUUUAACAAAGUACUGAGUAAAGGAUUUAAAUACUUACGUAAUUGUGAUAUUUCCGUUUUUUAUUUGCAUACAUUUCUGAAAACCUGUUUAUGCUUUGUCAUUAUGGGUUAUUGUGUGUAGAUUUGAUUUGAUUGCGUGAAGAUUAGCUUAGCAACCGCGUGACGCAGCAUGACAACGUGAACGCGAUUGGUCGACAGCCUGCUGGGCGGGACGUUAUACGUUCCUUCAUUCAUUGGAUUCCUAUCUCCUUUCUAUAAUAUCUCUGGCAACGGCAUCAUGCAAUGCACCCUGGACUAAAGAGGCAGACAUAUAGGGAAAAUGUGGUAGACCCUCUGUUAAAUUACACAUUUCUUGAGGUAGGAAUAUCGCUAAAAUAUUAUCAAUGGCUCAUUCAAGAGAAUACAUCCUCCCGAGUUAUGACAUUUGCCAGUAUUGAAAUCUGACGUGUGAUAGAUGUUUUCACGAUCUAAAAGUUGUAGCAAGGCUGGGCUCCCUGCCUGUGCCAUUAAACCCCUACAACUCAUCCAGAAUGCCGCGGCCCGUCUGGUGUUCAACCUUCCCAAGUUCUCUCACGUCACCCCGCUCCUCCGCACACUCCACUGGCUUCCAGUUGAAGCUCGCAUCUGCUACAAGACCAUGGUGCUUGCCUAUGGAGCAGUGAGGGGAACGGCACCUCCGUACCUUCAGGCUCUGAUCAGUCCCUACACCCAAACGAGGGCAUUGCGUUCAUCCACCUCUGGCCUGCUGGCUCCCCUACCUCUGCGGAAGCACAGUUCCCGCUCAGCCCAGUCAAAACUGUUCGCUGCUCUGGCACCCCAGCGGAGUCACUCACCACCUUCCGGAGACAUUUGAAACCCCACCUCUUUAAGGAAUACCUGGGAUAGGAUAAAGUAAUCCUUCUACCCCCCCCUUACCCCAUUCCUGGGACCACCCAUACAUAAAAAAUGUAUGCACGUGUUACUGUAAGCCACUUUAUAAUAAUAAUAUGCCAUUUAGCAGACUCUUUUAUCCAAAGCGACUUACAGUCAUGUGUGCAUACAUUUUUACGUAUGGGUGGUCCCGGGGAUCGAACCCACUACCCUGGCAUUACAAGCGCCGUGCUCUACCAAUUGAGCUACAGAGGACCACCACUUUGUAUAGAAGCAUCUGCUAAAUGGCUUAUAUUAUUAUACACUGAACUAAAAUAUAAACGCAACAUGUAAAGUCUUGGUCCCAUGUUUCAUGAGCUAAAAUAAAAGAUCCCAGACAUUUUCCAUAUGCACAAAAAGCUUAUUUCUCUAAAAUGUUGUGCACUAAGAUGUUUACAUCCCUGUUAGUGAGCAUUUCUCCCUUGCCAAGAUAAUCCAUCUACCUGACAGGUGUGGCAUAUCAAGAAGCUGAUUAAACAGCAUGAUCAUUACACAGGUGAACCUUGUGCUGGGGACAAUAAAAGGCCACUCUAAAAUGUGCAGUUUUGUCACACAACACAAUGCCACAACACCAGAUACUGACUGGUUUUCUGAUCCACGCCCCAACUUUUUUUUAAAGGUAUCCACGACCAACAGAUGCAUGUCUGUAUUCCCAGUCAUGUGAAAUCCAUAGAUUUGGGCCUAAUCUAUUUAUUUUAAUUGACUGAUUUCCUUAUAUGAACUGUAACUCAGUAAAAUCGUUGAAAUUGUUGCAUGUUGCGUUUAUAUUUUUGUUCAGUAUAUUAUAUAUUAUUGGUAUCCUCACUCUGGUGAUUAAUCCACAAUUGAAAGGCUAGAUUUUAGGCCCUCCUAUAGCUCAGUUGGUAGAGCAUGGCGCUUGCAACACCAGGGUUGUGGGUUCGAUUCCCACGGGGGGCAGGUAUGAAAAAUGUAAGUUGCUCUGGAUAAGAGUGUCUGCUAAAUGACUAAAAUGUAAAUUUUCUGAACAUUGUAUAAUAUGCAUGACCAAUCAAACAGAUAUUAUUUUUUUAUCCAAUAUGGAUUGUUUUAGUGUGGCAAAAGUCUGAGGAUGACGCCCUUCAUCCUGAAGAGGCAACAUCCUGCUCUGA